AUGGCAGCACACGAGCUGCUUGCCCGCUUGGAGUCGCAGCCCUCCUUCGCGGAGCUUCACGUGGACGCCUCCCUGUCCCGGAAGGACCUCCUGGAGCAGGUCGCUGGGGCACCAAAAUCACGCCAGCUGCGACUCUGGUUAGACAAUGGAGUUUUCCAGUCCGCUACAGAGCUGGCAGAGCUCCUGCAAGCCUGCUACGAGCACCUUGGGGCCGUAGCUCGCCGAGAGAAGCUGCCCAUCUUCGAGGACAUGUCCGUGCUGCCCAACCUGGGUGCAGGAUCUGGACGGGCGCCUCCAUGCCAAUUUCGAGGGGAGAAAUUCGAUCAUGUGGUCUUGGGCGGAACGUUCGAUCGGCUGCACGUGGGACACAAGGUCUUGCUGACGGUGGCCGCUGUGAUGGCUCAGCGAGGCCUGGCUAUCGGUGUCUCCGGCCCACCAUUGCUACGAGAGAAGGCAGGUGCGUCCAUCCUUCAAGACUGGGGCGAGCGAGCUGCGACUGUGGUGGACUUCUUGGCAGUCCUCCGGCCAGAUUUGCAGGUGCGUGUGGAGGAGCUCGAAGACGCCUUCGGCCCAGCGCUGUGGCCCGAAAUGGGGGCCCUGGUCGUGUCGGCCGAGACGGAAGCAGGGGGCGCUGCGGUGAACGCGCGCCGGCAAGAGAAGAACUCGCCACAGCUCCAUGUGGUGGCUGUGCCGCUGGUGGCUUCCGCAGGAGGGAAGGUCAGUUCGACCACGGCGCGUGAAUUGGACUCUUUGGCUGCCGCCAUCGAAGCUUGCUGGGCGAUGGUCCCCGAAGCAGGCAGGGCUCGCCGCUGGCUGCCCUUGCUCCUGGCGCUUGCCCGCCAAGCUGUUCAAGGAGAGAGGGACCUCGCCCAGAGCCUGACGGCGCUUGGAGCCGCCAAAGCCAGCGGCCCGAGCGCCCGCUGGGCUGCCGCUGCAAGGUGCCUGGAGUUGGCUCCGCCCGGGCUCGGGCUCCUGCAGGCGCUGGCUGCAGACCUUGGCUGGGACGAGAGCACGGUGACACGGAUUCGACACGAACUUGGAGCCGACGUCCCAUCGCGGCUGCAAAAGCUCAGCUUCCUGAAAUUCUUGGGCCUCGCUCUUCCGACGGCGCUACGGGCAGACCCGGACUUGUCGGCGGGCCGCGUGGAGGAGCUGUGCAGGCUGGCGGUGGAGAAGAAGCUAGACCUGCAGCUGCGGCCGACAGCAGAGGCCAGCCUGGCUUCUGGGGCUGCACCGGAGGAGAGACAGCUGCUGGCCAGCCUGACAUCUGAAGGCUCCGUGCCGCCAGCUGUGUGGGUCUGCAACGGGCGCAGGAUCGACCUGCAGGAUACCGGGCCGCCCAUUUCAGCCCGCCACGUGCACGCACUGGAGCUUCUGGAGGGGCAGUAUGACAUUGCCAAGCCCGAACAGAGGGACCCGGAAGAUGAAGAGGAGCCGGCCGCCGGCAAGGAGCCAGACCAGACCAGAGCGCUCUCCGACUGGCUGGCUUCCGAUGAGCAGAGCGCUGCGUUGCCGGCCAGUGCCUAUGGGCUGGUCGCUGCGCUCCGAUCCGAGGUGUUGUCGCACGCGAAGCACGACAGGUUUACUCAGCCUGCCAAGAUCUUCAACAGGGCGCCUGCUGCCUUCCAGGUGAAGAUCCCGCCUGCGAAACCAGACGCUGCCUCACCGAUCACGGUCUACGGCAUCCUCGAUCCCCUCAGCACCACGGCUCAAUCGGCUUCGACAGCGCUGGCUCUCUUCGGAAUGGUGUUCAAUGCAGAGGUGAACUUGGUUCUCAAUCCGGCGUUGAAGCUGUCGGAGUAUCCCUUGAAGCGCUACUACCGGGAGGUGGUCCGCUGGCCACAGCACCUCGCUGAUGGCCGCACCCUGGCUGAGCUGAAGGAUGGUGUCGCAGUAGGUGGCGGCCGGGCGGAGUUCACGCUCGCCACGGAGCACACCUUGACGGCGGCAGUCCAUGUGUUGCCGACUUGGCUUGUGACCGCUCAGGAGGCCGAGCACGACAUGGACAACCUCCGUCCUGUGGAUGUCCUUCAGCGAGGCAGCAACUGCGACACAACGUACGUCCUUCGGCAGCUGUACGUGGAGGGUCAGGCAAUGAUCCUCGGCGACGAGGGCUGGCCAGUUGCCAUGGCGAAAGGUAUGCAGUUCGAGAUCACCGGCACUGGGGCUUUAGAGGCUUCGGAUGACACCAUCGUGAUGGGAAACCUCGGCUAUUUUCAG